AUAUAUGUCUUGUCGCCACUGUCAUCUCUUUGGGCGGAAGACGUUUUACAUCCGGCUUCUAUUCAAAAAACGUUCAAGGAAAUAUAUAUGGUAACAUCGACCGCUUUCGCCCCACAUUCGCCAGAAAGUACCAGUUCCAGAAAGUACCAGUUCCAGUAAAUACACGACAAUGUCCGGGAGUCCUGCUGUGGUUCUGCGCUUGGUGGCCUCAGCCUAUACUGUGGCUGAAAAGGCCGGAGACAUUGUAAGGAUGGUGCUUCACCGUGGAGAACUUGGCAUUGUGGAAAAGAAUGGCGCUAACGACCUGCAGACACUAGCAGACAGACUUGCCCAACAGAGCAUUUGUGCUUCACUGUCCAGACGCUUCCCUAAAAUCACUAUCAUUGGCGAGGAGGACCUUCCAGCUGAGGAGGUGCCCGAGGACCUGAUUGAAAAUGGCCAAGAGGAUGAAAUCCUGAAGAAAAUCUGCCCAGCUGAAUACAGUGGAGUUAAAGAGGAAGAGCUAGUUGUGUGGGUGGAUCCGCUCGACGGCACAAAGGAAUACACUGAAGGGCUCCUGGAGAACGUGACCGUGCUCAUCGGCAUCGCCUACGCGGGCAGUCCGAUCGCUGGAGUCAUCAACCAGCCCUUCUACAACUACCAGCUGGGGCCGGGGGCAAAGCUUGGAAGAACCAUGUGGGGAAUCCUCGGAGUGGGAGCCUUUGGAUUCCAGUUGCGGGAAGUUGCGGACAACAAACGCGUCGUGACUACCACCCGUUCCCAUAGCAACAAGCUUGUAACAGACUGCGUCAACGCCAUGGAACCUGAUGAGGUUGUACGAGUGGGUGGUGCAGGAAACAAGAUCAUUCAGCUUGUUGAGGGCAUGGCGUCUGCUUACGUCUUUGCAAGUCCAGGGACCAAGAAGUGGGACACGUGUGCCCCUGAAGUCAUCCUGCAUUGUGUCGGGGGGAAACUGACGGACGUGCAUAACAAGGCAUAUCGCUACGACGCUAACGUGAAGCACAUGAACUCUGCAGGAGUGGUAGCAACACUAAGGAACCACGACGACUACAUCAGCAGAGUCCCUCAAUCGGUGCUGCGAGCCCUCACGUCUGACUGAACCUCCUCCACCGUGCAAUUCAGGUCGACGGUGGGCAGGAGGUCGCUGGUCUGACAGGGGACGUCAUGUGACAGCUGUGCAGGGUGGACGGGGAAGUGGACUGGGUGCUUCAGCAGGUGGUUCAGACUCCCAUGCGUACCGUUGUUUGGAGCGGGAGGAACACCCAGAAGAUCUGUAAUGUUGCCAGACCAUGGAAACAAUCCAAAAUAUAUUUUACUACAGCAACCAGUCGUGAGCUUGUUGACUGUUUGUCCAUUUGAGGAAUAAUAGUGCAGGAAAAAAAGAAAUGCACAUCAAAUAUAGCAAUAUCCUUCUUUUAAUCUAGUGUUUCUUAACCGUAGGCCAGAGUCUCAGCUGUGGUCUGUAUGGGCUCCAGCAGUACUCAGUUGUAAUACACUUUUUCAACACUUAUCGACCAGAAGUCUGGAGCUAGUCAGAGAAGUUUAUGCGCAAAAAGGUUGUAUUUUCAUGUGGACUUAAACUUGAGUUUAUUUAAGAAACAUUUAUAGUUAGGUUAGAAUAUACAACUGCUCUGCAUAAUUUACUUUUCAGUUUUUAGGAGUCCCUUCUUUUGCAGUUUAUUUGAUUAGUACCGUAUUUUUCAGACUAUAAGUCGCAGUUUUUUUCAUAGUUUGGCCGGGGGUGCGACGUAUACUUAUGAUAUAUAAAUAUCAAAUAAUAUUAUUUAGCUCAUUCACGUAAGAGACAAGACGUAUAAGAUGUCAUGGGAUUUAUCGAUUAGGAGUGACAGAUUGUUUGGUAAACGUGUAAAAGCAUGUUCUAUAUGUUAUAGUUAUUUGAAUGACUCUUACGAUAAUAUGUUACGUUAACAAACCAGACGCGUUCUCAGUUGGUUAUUUAUGCGUCAUAUAACGUACACUUAUAUACGGGCGGUAUAGCUCGGUCGGUAGAGCGGCCGUGCCAUCAACUUGAGGGUUGCAGGUUCGAUCCCCGCUUCCGCCUUCCUAGUCAAUGCCGUUGUGUCCUUGGGCAAGACACUUUACCCACCUGCUCCCAGUGCCACCCACACUGGUUUAAUUGUAACUUAGAUAUUGGGUUUCACUAUGUAAAUCGCUUUGAGUCACUUGAGGAAAAAGCGCUACAUCACUUCACUUCAUUUAUUUUAAAUUGCCUUUCAAAUGUCUAUUCUUGGUGUUUGGUUUUAUCAAAUAAAUUACCCCAAAAAAUGUGACAUAUAUGUUUUUUUCCUUCUUUAUUAUGCAUUUUUGGCAGGUGCGACUUGAACUUCGAAAAAUACGGUACUUAUUUUGUAAUCAGCCUGACCUAAGCUUUGAUAAUAUUCUGUCGUGAUUAAAUGCGUUUACAUAUUUUAUCCUGUUAAACUGUAAGUAGUUUAGCUCUAUUAAAAUCAAGAGUAAAAUUGCUCAUUCAGUGUUAAUAUUCAGUAGUGGAAAAGUUAAGAGCUACUGGUUUACUUUGUUGUUUAAUGUCCUUUAUUUUUACAAUAAUGAUAUAAAUGGUAAAUGAGUCAUACUUGUAUAGCGCUUUUCUACUUUCAAGGUACUCAAAGCACUUUGACACUAUUUCCACAUUCACCCAUUCACACUGUCACACACUGAUAGCGGGAACUGCCAUGCAAGCCCCUAACCACAACCCAUCAGGAGCAAGGGUGAGGUGUCUUGCUCAAGGACACAACGGACGUGACUAGGUUGGUAGAGGGAACAUACAACACUAUAUAUUGGAAUUUAUUUAGCUUGGACUAUGGAUGUAAAUACAUGAUAUAUUUAUAUCACAUUAUGGCAGUAUUGUUGAAUGUGCUAUAAAAAAAAGUACCUGUACACACUAAAAUCCUUUGACCAACUUAUUUUAAAAAAAAAAAGAAGAAUAUGCCACUAUAUUGCAUGUUUUGUGUUUCUUAUGCUUCACAGAUAGUGUUUUAUUAAUUCAUCUGUUUUAAUAGCUAAUCAUUUUAAAUAUCAGCUUGUACUGUAGUAAAAAGUGCGUAACAAAUAUGUUAUUUAUCAUUUCUGGCAGGCGUUGUGGCGUCCUACUCUGUUCAGCAGUCCUUGAAUGUAUCGUAAAAACACCUGUCUGUAUAGAAGGAUCACUCUGUUGUGAGAGCACAACUUGUAGGCUCAAAGUACACAAUUUAAUGUUCUUGGUUGCUCAAACAGUAAUGUCUUUAUAAAAGUCUAGAUUGAGGUAUGUCGUUUAUUGAUGGGGAAAUACGAUAAUGUUUCUUGUUUUCAUGUUAGCAUUUAAGAUAGCAAGCUGGCACAAGUCAGUCAAGCUCGGUUUUUCCAUAAUUCUAUUUUAAAACUGUAAAAUUAACUGUCAGGAGUUUUACCCCGGUUAAUAUUAUUUAUUUUAUUGUUACAGCCCCAGCUCGGACAAUCAUGCUUCUGCAAAUAAAUGUAUUUUACCCAAGGUAGAAACAAAUCACAUUAAAAUAACAUUUAUUCAUAGCAAAAUGUAUGAAUGGAAUCUCCUUCCCAAGCAAAUGACGAGAAUAGAAAAACAUUUAAAUUCAACAUUGUGUUACCAAAUUGUUUAUCUUGCAACACAAAUCCCUUAAGAUAGAACUAGUAUUAUGCUAUUGUAAUUUUCUAAAGUUUUGAUAAUAUAUGUGACAUUACAUUCCUACUUCCAAUAUUUAGGAUGAUCACAUUUUAAUUUUAUAAUUGAAUUUUAUAUUUAUUUGGUAAAUCUAAAGAUUAUAUAAUCUGAGAAUUGUUGUCAGUUAUUGUACAAUGAAUUGUAAUUUUUUUGGCAAUUGUAUGAAUGUAUAUCUGUAUUUUCUUUCGGACCCCAGGAAUAAUCCAAAUUAAAAUAUAACGAAAUGUCCCCCAUUAAGCACACAAGGUUGGUCUUUUCUUGUAUUUUAGUCAAGUCAUUUACAAAAAGUAAACAAUAAUAAUUGAACAAUAUUGCAGUCUAAAACAGCACAUUUGUCACAGUUCCAUAUUAUUUGCAUAUAUAAAGCCUCCAAAGCAUAUGCGUAUUAGCAAGUUUCCAGUAACAAGUGUCCGCAUCAUUCAACUUGAGCUUAACUUAAUGAAGUAGUGACCACUAGGUGUCGCGAAAACACAUCUAAUUUAUAAAAAGUAAAUUCCAGUUAAUAUUAAGUGUCUUUCAUAUCGACCUUUUGUUAUGAGUAAUUUCACUUAAUCAAACCUUUUCUAACAUUCCAAUCCUACAAAAUAAAAGCAUGUACUACAAUGUGUGCCGUUAUCGUAUUAGAUUAAUAUCUGUAUCGACCAAUGCGCAUGGCUCCUAUACCUGUAUAUCGGUAUCGUAUCGGAAGUGUAAAAGUUGCACUAGGAGUGAAAACCUAACAAAUACACUCCGUAUUUAUUAUUACUCUUUAAAUUAUGUCUGCACCCUGUGACAUCAUAGUUUUAUGCGCUCAUUAUAGCAAUUCUAAAACAUUCAACUGUGGCUCAAAACUAUAAAACAAUGAUAAUAACAUUUAAAAUAAAAUAAAAAUGGGGCUUAAGACCUAGAGCCUGUGUAUACCUCCUAGAGAUUACAUAGUCAUGUUGCAAUCAUUGCUUGAUAGAUAAUCAACUGUGUAUAUUGACAUAUAUCCCUGUAAUGGAGCUUUGUGGGAUGAAAAGUAAACAGCACAAGUGAAUACUGUGACACUUACCACACAUGAGGUUAUAAAGUUCAAUGUUCUCAAAAGGAGGCACAGUCUCGCUUUUAAAUCCUGGACCAUGACCCAUGAAGAUUCCCUAGAAAGGAAACAUUUUAAACUGAUCAAAUGCAUUGCGUGAAUUAGACAACAAAUAAAAUGAAUAUUUAAAUAAUAUAGUUAUAAAUAGUCUCCUCUGACUGAUUUAAUCUUUAUCAGGUUUAAAAAAAAACCUGACAGAUUUGACAUGUUUUACAAAAUGUAAAGAGGAUAUUUGGAGAAGACAAAACAUCAUGCCUUUGUCUCACCUGCAUGUUGGUGAAGAGGUUAUCUGAGCCAUGGAACCCGCCCGUGCAGUACUUGAUUUCCUGCCUGUUUCUGCAAACAUUGACGUGUAAACACUUGAACCCGGACCGUUACUGUAAAUAGAUGUUCUGCCAUACAAAAAAAGGAGACUAUUUUGUUUCAUCGAACUUGUGGUAAAGUUACAGUACUUUUGAGUUUGAGUUUAUUUCAAAAACAUGCAGGCAUACAAUAUGAAACAUCACAUUUUCCAGUUUCUCUUUCCAACAUGUUCGAAAAGGAGUAGGAAGAAGCAGAGCUUAUUAAAUCCUACCCCCUUUCUUUUACAUAACAGUUGCUAAAACUUUUGUUCACUUCCUGUUCUCAAUGUAUUCACAAUAUACUCCAAAAGUAUCACAAUAAAAAUAAAUAGAUAAAUAAUUGGUGAAGUAAGUUGUAUUCCAUACGACGAGAUAAGUUAGGUUAUUUUGAGAAUUAAAGAAUGGAUGGAUGAAUAAAUUCAGAAUGUUUAUCAUCCUUCUUCUUCUUUGCACUUUGUAAACACUUUAGGUUUGAAGAGUUUCUUGAACUGGAUGAUAUUAGUACAUUGUUUGAUUACUUUACUUAAUCCAUUCUAUAAUUUAAUUCCACAAACAGAUAUACUGAAGGUCUUAAGUGUUGUACGUGCUUACAAAUGUUUUAAAUUACAUUUUUCUCUAAGAUUAUAUUUCUCCUCUUUUGUUGAGAAGAAUUGUUGUAUAUUCUUGGGUACCAGGUUAUAGUUUGCUUUGUGUAUAAUUUUAGCUGUUUGCAAAUUCACUAUGUCAUGAAAUUUCAGUAUCUUUGAUUCAAUAAAUAAAGGGAUGGUAUGUCCUCUAUAUCCAACAUUAUGUAUUAUUCUAACUGAUCUUUUUUGUAACACUGUUAGUGAAUAAAGUGUACUUUUGUAGUUAUUUCCCCAUAUUACUACACAAUAACUCAGAUAUGGUAACACUAGUGAGCAGUAGAGAAUAUGAAGUGAUUUUUGGUCUAGAACAUAUUUAGCUUUAUUCAUUAUUGACGUGUUUCUUGCUACUUUAUGUUGUAUAUUUUGUAUAUGAGGUUUCCAGUUCAAUUUAUCAUCAAUCAUUAUACCUAAAAAUUUGGUUUCAUUUACUCUUUCAAUUUCUAUUCCGUCUAUUUGUAUUUGUGUUUCACCUUCUCUUCCACUAUUACCAAAUAGCAUUAUUUUAGUUUUUCUGAGAUUCAAUGUUUUUGUCAAACCAUCUUUUUAAUUUGUUCAUUUGUUCUGUUAUUUGUAUUAUUUUCUUUGUGUUCUCUCCUGAACAAAACGCUGUUGUUUCAUCCGCAAAAAAUACUUACUUUAAAUCUCGUGUAACUUUACAAAUGUCAUUUAUAUAGGGAUUGAAUAAUUUAGGUCCUAGUAUUGAUCCCUGAGGUACACCACAGAAUAUAUUUAGCAUUGUAGAAGUGUGUUCGCCUAGCUUCACGUAUUGUUUCCUGUUCGUUAGAUAACUUCUUAUCCAGCUUAAGACUAAACCUCUGAUGCCAUAUCGUUCUAGUUUUUUUUCUUUUUUUUUAACCAAACCUGCAUUAACAGCUGCACUAAAUGAUGACAUCCAACACAACCGCGGUAUUGACAUGGAUAUAUUAAGUUCAGACUAAAUCUGGUGAGUGUGAUGCCUCCACAAAUGUUAAAGUGGGAUUAUAAACAAAAAAGAGACCUCCAGAGAUUCACUAUCAUCAUGCGCCAUUAGAAUCGUCAUCACCUUCUCCUGAACAUCCAUCCAUCCAUCCAUUUUCUACCGCUUAUUCCCUUUUGGGGUUGCGGGGGGCGCUGGCGCCUAUCUCAGCUACAAUCGGGCGGAAGGCGGGGUACACCCUGGACAAGUCGCCACCUCAUCGCAGGGCCAACACAGAUAGACAGACAAUAUUCACACUCACAUUCACACACUAGGGCCAAUUUAGUGUUGCCAAUCAACCUAUCCCCAGGAUUCACAGGGAGGACAUGCAAACUCCACACAGAAAGAUCCCGAGCCUGGAUUUGAACCCAGGACUGCAGGACCUUCGUAUUGUGAUGCAGACGCACUAACCCCUCUGCCACCGUGAAGCCCUUCUCCUGAACAGAGAAACAAAAAUAGCGGCAGUUCUGACUCUUAAGAAAAUUGCAACAUCCACAAAUAAACAUUAUGCAAUAUGAAAUGUAAUAUAUUGCCAAAUGCUUCUGUUCCUAUCCACACUGACUCAUUAAAUGACAAAUCUAUGUACCAUAUUUUCCCAACCAUAAGCCCCCACUUUUUUCCAACGCUUUGAAACAUGCUGUUUAUAAUUUGAGGAUUUUUCUUCGGUAACGGACAGACACAGCAGGUAUUACAAUUUGUGUUAUGGUACUACCUUUUGGACAGGUUUGCUCACUGCAGGUGCUGCGGGUUCAGAAUGCACUUACUGUUUUGUGCCUUGAACCAGAACUAUAACCAAAAAGAUUGUUCGUUCAUUGCUCUUUUUUUAAGUUUUACAAUAUAACAAACAAUUCAUACGUACUAAACCGUGUGUGAUGUCUGUAGAAGUGGUUUCGUGCAUAUUUGUACGUGCUUUAAUAAUGUAAUCAAGCUGCUGUCGUUAGCGAAUAUGCUUACACGUUUACAAGUGUCUGUGUUAGUAUUAACUUACAAUUUGUAUUGUUUUAGUUUCGUAAGUUCACCAAAACAUCACCGUGGAGUUAUUCUGUUUAGCUAAUUGGAAAGCGAUCUUCCACAGCCGUUUUACUACUGUUUUACAGGCAACAUUUGGAAACAAUUGAGGUAUGUAAAUAUACAUUUACAAAUAUUUCACUUUACAACGUAUAUAUCUGCGGCUUAUAGUCCGGUGCCGCUUAAUACCAGUGCACUCCAUAGCCCGGAAAAUACAGCAUCAUGCAAUAUAUUUGAAUGUGAAGAAGUGUCUGUUUAUAGUUUUUAAUUGUAUCGCACUGAUGGCAAUUUUGCCAUUAACCAUGACAAUGACAUUAAAAGGGAUUAUAUCAGUAAAUGCUUAUCAGUUACUUACGCAAACAAGAAAAUGUGUGAAUGCUGAAAAGACAAAUAUAAACUAAAAGGGAUAACCUUAACAUGCAUCAACAAAAUAUAACUAACAUUAGCUUAAAAAAAAUGCAUGCUAAAGUUUGCAUUUGUCAAGUACCAAAAUACCUGCAAAAUUAGUUACUAAGCUAACAUUUUCAUGCCAGCAAUUGACUAACAUUAAUGAGGAGCAUUGUGACUUUGGAACAGUUGAAAUGGGUUGGGAAAGAAGUUUGAAAAUGUUUCUAUUUUCAAUGGAAAAAAAUCCUGUGAAUCUUGGGAAUUUUUGCAGCCUGGAAAAUUUUUAGUUUGAAUGUCCAUGUUUAGUUGUAUUAAAAUUGUGGGGAAUGUAGAAGUUUGGACAAAUGGGGGGAUCCUGAUUCCUCGUAUUGUCGGAAGUUUAGGAAUGUAAAAAAAUAAAAAGUAGCUUUUCUAUUGUAGAAUAUUUUGAUAGUUGAACGGUUUCAAUUGAAUUAAAAAUGAAAUAAAAAAAGCAGACAGCAAAUAAAAAGGGAUAAUUAAAAUGGAAAAUUUGAAGAAAAAUCGUAAAGAACAGGGAUUCUUAACAUUUUUUUUCCACUACAGAGGGGCACGGGACCUUCUCAGAAAUUAGCACUUAAUCAUAUUCAACAAUUACAUCUAACCUACAUAAGGUUAAACAGGCAAAUCUUUGACAAAUAAUAUAAAACCAUGUGUUAAUCACACAUAUUAUUUAACACAAUCUUAGGCUUAGGUCAGGCUGAUUAGAAAAAUAAUUACCAACUAAAAAUAUUGCAUUAAAAGGGACUGUGAUGAAAAAUAAAUGUACAUACACAUUAUGUUGUGUUAAAAUAAACUGUUCAACUGUCAAUAAAAUUAAAGUGCACCUUCACUUCUUAAGUCAUAGAUUUUGCACUAACAACCUUUUAUGAAUUUGGCUCCAGACUGUUUGUUUGAUUUUGUCAUUACUGCUACAAGUGGUGGAAAAGUGUAAUACAACUGAUUACCGCUAUGGACUACAGCUGAGAAACAUUUUUGGCAACCCUCUACGGGGUGCUUGCGGCCCAACAAUGGCCCCAAUGGUUAAACCCUGGUGUAGAGUACUACUACCGUAAAUUUAGGACUGUCAGCAACUACUUUGUUCCUAUGCUUUGAUCCCUGAAUUUGAAAAAAAAAAAUUGGACUGACGUGUUGUUUGUGCUUGCUGCAGGUGCUGCAGUGCCCUUCUGUUUAGACUGAGCUUUCAACCAGAAGUACAAGUACUUGUAAAGAUUCUUUAUUCAUCACUAAACUAAGCCUAACAAACAUGUUUUAUGUCAGUAGCAGGGUUUUCAUGCAUAUUUGUAUGUGCUAUUGUAAUGUAAUAAAGCUAGUGUUGUUAGCUUUAGCUAUGCUAACACAUUUACCAGUGUC